CAUAUUUAGAUUUGGUUUAACGUCGUAGUCCUGGGCUUAAUUAAGUUUGUCACAGAUAUUAACAAUAUCAACCGGGUUGAUUGUUUGGAUUUGAGACGCGCCGAAGAACUCGGACAAAAGUUUUAUAUUUUUAAUCGGGAUUUUUCAUUUUAUAUUUUUUUUUGGGAACGUUCGUCGUAUGAUCGCGUAUAAUCGGUGGUGGGUUUAAUGGACUUAUUCUCUUGGUUCGUGAACUGGAAUUUGUGAUAUAAAGUGACUGUAGUAGUAUUUUCUUAACGAUUAUACCUGCUAAGAGGCUACCAGGAAUGAGUUCUACACACGAAGACUCUUCAAGACUAUCAUUGCUUAAAAAUAAUCUUAAAUAACACAUUUUAAUAAAAACAAUUAAUAAAACCAUCUAAAUAAACAUCAAUUAAUUUAAAAAAAUCUUUAUAUCCCUAACGUUUCGACGUUAAAACCCAAACGAUUCUUCCUUUUCCAACCAGUACGAGAUCAGCCUCAAGUUGGAUUUUAAAGGGGUUUCCUCCUGUUUGGGGGCGCUGGGCUCUUCGCCCGCCCCCACCUCCGUACCUACCUCCGCAGAAGACAUCAGCCAUCAACAGUUCAACAUUUUUCCUGCGAUUUUCUCCAGGCAGCUCAACUUCAACACCUGUCCGCAGGGCAAGUCCAUGAUGGACGACCUUAGGCCGAACUUAGUCGGGGUGGGAAAUCUCCUAGGUGUCCAAGGUCUACUAGACGACCAUCACCAGCACCUAACCGCCUCUACAGCAACAGACAAAUCAAACCGUAAGUGCAAUACCAGCGGCAGCUCCGCCGAAGACUUCAGCGCAUUGUAUAGUGGCUUACCUCACUCCCACGACCACCAUGGGAAUCACACUCCCGCCCACACACCUCCCGCCGCUUCCAGAACGAUAGCAGACCACACAGAUGGCGCUUUUAAAAAACUAAAACCGGAACCGCAAACUCCGAGCAGUUCCUCGAUAGGGGGCAACGUGUCUCCGAGCGCAGGUCCGACUCAUGCUGGUCACACGCCGACGACGGCGUCCUGUCCGACGCCUGCGCGGCGACGCCAUCGAACGACGUUUACGCAAGAACAACUGGCCGAACUGGAGGCGGCCUUCGCGAAAAGUCACUAUCCGGAUAUUUAUUGUCGGGAGGAGUUAGCGCGAAGUACCAAAUUAAACGAAGCAAGAAUCCAGGUGUGGUUUCAGAACCGUAGGGCAAAAUACCGAAAACAGGAGAAGCAAUUGCAAAAAGCGCUGGCGCCAAGUGUCUUGCCUGGAUGUAAUGGCGCGAUGAUGAGAAACAUUUACCCUGGAGCGGCCAGGGGGUACCAGCCCUAUCCGCACCCCACGGCUAUUAACCGUUACCCUCAGAUGAGUACCAGUUCUUACCCCGGUAUGGCCCAAUCUUUCUCAAUGAGCCAUACAACCAACAUGUCCACCGUAGCAAGCAUGAGACAAGACGCAAUGAGUAUGUCCGCUGAAGACGAGUGGUAUAACAAAAGUUUGUCGGCGCUGAGGAUGAACUCCGCACACCAUCCGAACCUUGCGGCACCGAUGCUACAAUAUCAAACAUAAUAAUAAUUUCUUUAAAACUCUUAUUGAUUGUGUAAAUUCUGACCGAAACAAGUUAAUAUUUGUCCCAAUGCGAAGUCAGAAAAACUCAUACCAAAGAAUUUUGAUGUGUUAAUUAAGUUUAAAAGGCAUCCAGAAGUAUAUUAACUUAAGUAAUUGUAAGUUAAAAUUAUUGAUUCUACUCCGUUUCAAAGGGUUUAUAGCAAUUUUUUAAAUUAUAAGUCAAGGACGGUGACGAAAGAUGUAUAAAAAAUUAAACUCGAAAUAAUUGGUGUUAUAAGGGUCAACUUAUAAAUAAUUAGGUAGCUGUUAAGUCAAGUUAUCUUAUCGUUUUCUUUUUUUCUUGAAACGUGUUGUAUAAAAUGACUCUUGUAAACAUUCGUGAAAUUUAUGGUUAAAAUGUCAGGGUGUUUUUUCUGUUUUAUAACGAUAAAUGUAUAUUAUUAUUUAACUAAAUAGGUAAAUAAAA